AUGGUAGAUGAAUUAAUGGAUCAUUCCAACAGAACAGUAAAGCAAUGUUCUGUGUACACAAUGAUCUGUAGCGGCUCCUGCCUUACAAUCUGUGACAUCAGCACUUUGACAGUUAUUCAGUUGGUUGGCCUUGUAGUGAGAGGGUCCCUAAACUUUGCAGAGCGUGUAACAGGACAACUGCAGUUCCAGGUGCUUUUCGCAGUCCUGGAGGACUAUAUUCAUCAGCAGAGCUUCGAUGAGGCCAUUUUUGGCUACUAUGAACAUCAAUACAUUCGAAGAUUUCCGGACAUCGACGACUGGGAUCAUUUCAUCAAUCAAUAUUAUGUUGAUUAUGAUAUUGGACAUCUGAGGGACAUGGCCCACUUCAUUGUAAUGGAUGCCUAUAGGAAACAACUUGAGGAGCUGGAGAUCACGCUUUAUGGCAUCCAUAAAGUCCUGGCUUUAUCGGAACAGGAGCAUGACGUGGAGCAUAUUUUGGACCAAUAUGAAGAGACGCAGCAAGCCCGGCGAGUUGUGGGAUCUAGACUCGAAGGCUUGCAUAAUAAGAUCGUGGCAAGGCAGAAGGAGCUGGAGGAAGCUGCUAAGAUCAACUCGGAAGAACGACGAGAGGAACCCCCUGUGGUGGUGGUGGUGCCCAGGCUGAGCACCAGGAGGAGGCUUACAAAAGCCAUAAAGAAGAAGUUUCAGAGGAUUCGGCGUUCCACCAGACGAGUCCUUCUGGAUUUUAUCUCCCUUUUCUGA